AUGGCAACGUUACCGAGAAUGAAUCAUUCCAAACAUGGAAGUAGUAUAUCGUCGCCUUUUAGCACAAGUCCGCGGAAACUGCAAGAGAUGACAAUUCCUACCCCUGAUGGACAUGGCCAUGAUGUAACAGUAGCCAGUGGUGUAAGCAUGAAGCAAUAUGAGGAGCAACUAAACUCACUGCGUAAGGAGAACUUUCAUCUAAAGUUAAGAAUAUACUUCCUAGAAGAAAAAUUAGGGAACGGAGCACCACCUGCUGUACAAGGUUUAUUAGAACACAAUGUGAGGCUUCAAGUGGAAGUUGAAGAACUUAGGAGACAACUGACUGAUAAACAAGAACUACUAGCAGCAGCUGCCGAAGCCAUCGAUGUAUUAGAAAAUCAGGGUUCCAUAUCAAAUGAAGGCGUCGAAACAUCUGUGAACAAUAGUGUCGCAAUGAGAAGGGACAUGACUGAAGAAUUGAAGUCAACUGAUCAUCAUCAAGCAGAAAUGGUGGACGAUACAUACCCUGAGUCUGAAUCAGCGGGGGACUACCUAGCUGUAACUGUAAACAACGAAGAUUUGGAUCAAUUAACAAAACUGCGAAAAGAAAAUCACAAAGCUUUAGAAAUGAUUAAGGGAUGCAUGAAGAAGAUUCAGCAACAAGAUAAGGAAAUGAAGAAAUUAAAAUUGGAUAAGGAAUUAACAUAUGCGCACGUUAGUGAUUCACAAUUAGAAAAGUACGAAGAAAUCUUAAAAUGCAAGGAUGAGCAUAUAAAGGAUCUAGAAAAUAAGCUGAGGCAACUUCAGAAAAAUGUGGACAGCGUACAAAACGAAGAUGCGGCCGGCAAUCUCCAGCAACUGCUAACACGGCGGUUGCAAGGAUUGGCAUAUUUUCUCGACAAGUUAUUAUCACACAAAUGUGUGUUAGGAGAAGAUAAGAAAAAAUUAGCCGAAAGUAUUCUAGAACAAAGCUUGGCUUUACCUGUAGGGCUAAAAUUGGACGAAACCAUGGCCCCUGAAGACUUUACUAUGGACGAAAGUAAUCUUGACAUAUCACAAUCAUUAAGGAUAGAAGACUUGACCAUGAUGUUUGGACAUCACGUUAUAUGUAGUGAUGAGACCAAAAGGUACUCCACUAAAAAACUGACAAAUAAACAUUUUCCACAAGCAGACAUAAUAUCGGAAUCAGAAUGUUGGUCAGAACCAGACAGAAAUGUUUCUUUGGCCAGGGUAGGACUGUGUGACACUGGUGUGGGCGUUAAAGAAAUUGUGACGGAAAAUAAUAACAAAGUUAGAGCACGACGUUCACGAAUUUCGUACGGAUCGCGAUCUGAAGACAACAAAAUUAUCAAUGAAUCUGCUUUUCUUGAAGAAAUACGUGAGCUUACUAAUAGUAAUGAACAGUUAGAGGAAGAAAAGAAAGAACUUCUGGAAAAGCUAGAUUCAGCCAUGAAAAGAGUUAAUGAGCUAAUAAAUGAAAAGGAUGAAAUUGUAACAGCUCUGGUUUCGGAACGUAACAACGUUAUUGAGGCCAAUAAAAAUUUGGAAAUAAUGAGAAAUUCACUUAAAACAAUGGAGGAUAGAUAUAAAGAUAGUGAGCAACAGCUUUCAUACACGGUACAAUUGACAGAAAGAUUACGCAAUGAAAGGCAAGAGUUGGAAUCAAACUUUAUAGAAACUGAAAGAACUUUAAGGCGUGCUGCGGAUGAAGCAACGGUACAAGCCUCGCAAGCAGCUUUAGAAAGGGCAAGAGCCCAACAUGAUAGACUCCAAAUUGAAAGAGAACUCGAAGAAGCUCGUGAAAAACUUUCUAAUGCGUUAGAAGCAAACACACAAUUAGAAAUACAGUUGACUCGAAAAGUAGCUUUAGAAGUUGACAAUAAAAUUGCUGAAUUACAAGAAGGAGCUCAUUCAGAAGAGGACCGACCAACUUCUCCUGAUCAAGGAAUCGACAGCGAUAGAUUGUCCAGCUUAGAACAAAAUGAUGCAAUUUCAUUAUCACCCCGGUCUUUGUAUGAAGAGAAUGUGACAUUAAAACAGAAGUUGGCACGAACUAAGGCCACACUCGCAGAAACUUUGACCCAAUUAAACGCAGCAAAUAUGAGAAAGAGAAGUGUGCAGCGGGCUAUUUGUCGUGAAAUUCACAAAACCCAAGGUGUUCUUCGCAAAGCUCGAGAUCAAUUUGAGAGUCAUAAU